GUUCGUUCCAUUCAGUUCAGUCAGUCAGUUACUGAACUUUGUUGCGCACAUUACACACAGAACGUUCCGUAAAUUCGUUGACAGCACAAAGCAGGCAGUUUUCGCGCGACGUACGAGUGUAGGUUAUCAUGGUACGCAGCCUGACCCAUUGGACGAAGACCCUGAGUUUUCCGGCUAGAAUUUCGCCGAAGCAACAGCGCGAACCCACUCUGACGCCCACCCCGAGCAACAGCUCAAUCAACGUCCCCAACAACAAUAACAAUAAUGAAAUUAACAGUAUGAUGAACCAGAGCCAGACCUCGUUGCUGACCGAAGUCAACCAAAUAUACUCAGAUCCAGAAUCAGAGAAGUCUAUUAUGAGUUCGGUGGUUUACUGCAUCCACCACAAAGAGGGCUGUAAAUGGUCUGAUGAACUGAGGAAACUUAAGGGUCACCUGAACACCUGCAAGCACGAUGCCAUCCCCUGUACCAGUAAGUGCGGAGCCCAAAUUCCGAGGGUGCUGAUGGAAGAUCACCUCAAGUACACCUGCCCCCAAAGGAGAGCGAGGUGCGAGUUCUGUAACAAAGAAUUCACGGGACACGCUCUCGAGAAUCACAUCGGUACCUGUGGAUACGAGCCGAUCUACUGCGAGAACAAGUGCGGCGUCAAGAUACACAGGCGACACUUGUCGCAACACAAGUCGGGCGACUGCUCCAAGCGACUCAUACCCUGUAGGUAUUGUUGCAAGGAAUUCGUCGCCGAUACCUUGUCGGCUCACAAUGUCAAGUGCGGCAGGGUCCCCGUUGUGUGUCCCAACAGAUGCGACAUCAAUCUCUUGGCCAGGGAAGAGUUGGAUUCGCACCUCAAGGAAGAGUGCACCAUAUCGGUGUUACCCUGCACGUUCAAAGACGCAGGAUGUAGAUUUAAGGGUCCGAGGUAUUCCAUGGAAACACACCUGGAAGAAAACUGUCGGCAGCAUCUGAACAUGAUGUGUAACGUAGUCACCAAGCAGCAGCACCAAAUAGUUUCACUUAAAAACGCGAUCUCCAAGCUUUCGCUGAAUUAUUCCGGCACCCUCAUAUGGAAAAUCAGCGAUUUUUCCUCGAAAUUAAACGAAGCCAAAAACAAGGAAGGGAUGGAGUUGGUCUCCCCGCCGUUCUUCACUAGUCAAUAUGGAUACAGAUUACAGGCGUCCCUCUUUCCGAACGGAAACGGCGCAGGUGAAGACUCCCACAUCUCCGUCUACAUCAAGAUCUUGCCCGGAGAAUACGACGCUCUUCUGAGAUGGCCCUUCUCCCAUUCGGUCUCUUUCACCCUGUUCGACCAAUCGUCCUGUCCGGAGAAGGCGUGCAACAUCGUGGAGAGCUUCAUCCCGGACCCGACGUGGAAGAAUUUCCAGAGACCCAGCAAGGAGCCCGAUUCCCUGGGCUUCGGUUUCCCGAAAUUCGUAUCGCACGAAAUGCUCAAGAAGAGGCAUUUCCUCAAGGACGACACCAUGUUCAUAAGGGUGAAAGUCGAUCCCAGUAAGAUCGUGGCGGUUUGACGGAACGGCCAUAGAAGAGACCACAGAGCAAAUUUUGAAGACGGGAAACACAGACUUUCAGGCAAAUUUCCAUUAGAAAAUAAAUAAGAGUCAUAGAAUAGUUUUUCAAGCGAAAUUUGUGGUUUCCAGUCAGACGUCAACAAGUGUGAGAGGUCAUGAAAAACUCAGUGAAUCCAGAAAUAUCAUCCGAACAAAGUUUGUUAACUGAAAGAAUGGUGACAAACUAGCUAUUUCUUGCGAAUAUAUACGUAAACGUAAAUAUAAAAUGAAAACAUUUCCUUACAUAACUGCCCGUUCAAAUCUAGUUAACUGAUUUCACGCUCUCAAGUAUACCUGAUUUUUAGAGCGUACAACUGUGAUGUUUCUAUAAAGAUUAAGUUCGAGCGAAAUGUGAACAUGUAAACUCAUCCAUUUUAUUAUGGUUGAAGUAGGUGAAACUAAUUCUCGCUGUACUGUUUAUGGCGUUUCAGUUUUCACUUAACUGUUUACGGUUUGUGAAUGAUUGUGAUAGUUAUAAGACGCCAAAGUAUUAUGUUCUUUGUGAAUUCUGUACAUAGAUUUAUUUAUGUAAGCUAACAGUCAAUUCUCCCUGUUGGUUUUUGAGAAUGGGGUUUAUAUGUUAUCGACCAUUUUUUAUAACGAUGUAAAUAUUUGAUAUAAUAAACUUUUUUUUUAAUA